GAGGAACGCUGAGUAACCUGGCACUAACUGAGAAGGAUAGGACGAUGUGCGCUGCGUGAGGGGGUGGUUGAACUUCAGUGGGAGGGACUUGGGACAACAGUAACUCAUCUUCUAGAUCUUGCGACUGGAUGUGCAAGCUGCCAGCCCUGAAAAUAGAUUGGCUGAGGGUAUAAAGAGUCGAAAGGGAAGGCCCAGUCAGACAAGCUAAGAUUGCCUCGGAGAUAAACUACUAAAGCUAUUAACCUUCUGAAUCAACCUACUUUGAUUUGAUUUUGCUGGAGUUUUUCAUUUGAUUUUACUUGCUUGGAAGGACAGCUAUCAACCAUGAUGAAGUACUACCAUUGUCCAGUAGCUCAGACCAUUGGCCCCAAGCCUUACACCCAGGAUUGUGGAAUCCCAAUUACCUGCAAGAGAACAGCUGAGUUCAAGCCAACCCGCAAUGUUCACUUCCCAAACGACAUAGUGUUCCAGGACUAUGUUCGACAGGGAGAGAUAGAGAGGAUCGGACUCUUCAUCAGAUCCAAAAGAGUUACUUUGGAUACCAUCUACCCCUCAGGAAUGGCCGCUAUUCACGAGGCUGUCCUGUCUGGGAAUCUUGACUGUGUGAAACUGCUGGUGAGCUAUGGAGCAGACAUCCACCAAAGAGACGAGGAGGGCUGGACUCCUCUGCACAUGGCUUGCAGCGACGACUACCCUCACAUUGCAAGGUACCUUCUCUCUAUUGGAGCAGACCGGAACCUUGAAAAUGACUGUGGAGAGAAACCAGAAGAUCUGAUUGACCCAGAUAGUAAGGAGCUGUUGGAGCUUUUUGGCCUCUCUGCAAAUGACUGAAAAGGACUAGUUAAUCUUGUGUUAUAAACCACAUAAAACCACUGCCAAGUUCUGAAGUUACAUGGCGGAAAAGGGCGGACAGCGCCACCAUUGAUCAGCAUCCUGAUUUUGCAAGCUUUUCCGAUCAAGAAUUCAGAAAAUUGAGGGAGAAAAAGCAGUGAUGGAGAAAGGUUGGUCAAGUGAGAGGCAUAAACUUGCCUCCAAUGGGGUAGAGCCUCAGUUAUUUUAACACCGCAGUGAAUCUACCAUGGUAUCUGUAGCAGGUCGGCAUGUUGUGUAGGACUUAGGAAGGCUUUGAAUGUUGUGAAACGCGAUGCUGUUAUGCUCAUUUGGUUCUUUUUCUGAGCUAGAAAUAGCAAAAAGCAUAAAUACUGUUGUCUGUCUUAAGGGUCAAUGUGUUUACAAUGUAAAAAAUGUGUGCAAGCAUGUUUUUCCUUUGUGGGGACUAUAUCAUUUUGUAUACAAUUUUGUUUUGACUUGACUGUUUUGCUGUAAUCUACCAUUCCUUUUUGUAAUACACUUUAUAUGUUUUUAAUAAAUAAAUAUAACAAUUA